AUGGAUUCUCUUCUGCAUCUUGCCUCAGCCCAAAGUCGAUCGUGGCCGGUGGCUGCUUCGACGUGCCUACUGGCCGUCGUCCUAUUCUCAAUUCUCUUACCGAAGGGAAUCUAUGGUUCUCAUCGAUUUGGGCAAUCGCGCAUUCUAUCCCUUUUGUUUGGACAAAAAUCCGUGCGAUGGACUAUUGAUGAAUUGACAGAACAGGGAUACGCGGAGGUCAAUAAAGCACUGGGGAAGCCGUUCGUGCUCAAUUGGUGGGCACUCGACUGCCUUUUCAUGCCACCAAAAUAUCUGGACGAUUUAAAGAAGGCAGACUUCGGAAGUCUGAGCUUUUUCCAAAGCUUAAGCGAUGCCUUCCACCUACAAUCCUCGGUUGGUGAUCUGUACACCACUAAUACAAUGAUUGACGUUGUCAAAAAACGUCUUAACCCACAAUUACCAACAAUUAUCCCGUAUCUAGUAGACGAGUGUGAUUAUGCAAUGAACACUGAGCUUGGUGCCGCGAAAGACUUCAAGACAUACAAUGCUUUGCAGAUCUGCUCCAGCCUAAUGCACCGGGUAACUAGCAGGGUUCUUAUUGGAGAGGAGCUGUGUCGAAACGAGGAGUAUAUAAAAUCCUCAUUAAAAUUUUCGGAGUCAGUAUUUAUGAAUGGUGUGAUGUUGUCGUCCAUCCCACUUGGCCCAUUGCGGAAGUUUUUCUCGUGGGUUGGUUCAUAUGGACACCGGAAUAAUAUGCAAAGGGUGAUGAACCUGCUGAUACCUGUUAUCGAGCAUCGAUUGCAAAAUAUGAAGGAAAAUCCAGAUGAUUCCAGACCAGUUGAUGCAGUUCAAUGGACUAUUGAGUUAGCUAGCCCAUCGGGCAAGGAGCGGACAGCACGGCGAUUGGCACAGCAGGUUUUACAAAACCUCUGGGCUGGAAGUGGUGCUCCAGGAGGAAUGUUGACCCAAAUGAUCUAUCAAGUCUUGGAUUGCCCUCAGUAUUUGGCCCCAAUGAGGGAGGAAAUCCAAAGUGCGGUCACUGAGCAUGGCUGGACGGAUAAAAUGUUGAACAAUAUUCCCCUGGUGGAUAGCUUUCUCCGCGAGACGAAUCGACUGCAUCCAAACGGAGUCAUCACUGCGGCACGAACGGUGAUGGAAAAACCAUUCCGAUUCAACGAUGGCCUCACUCUUCCCGUGGGAGCCCGAAUUGCAUUCCCAAGUCGUGCAAUAAUGUGUGACGCAGAUAAUUUCGAAAAUCCGUACGAAUUUGAAGGGUUCCGUUUUGCGCGUCUUGCAGCCGCAAAACGGGCGACAUCUGUAGCAGGCGAACAGCUAUAUAAUUCCGCAACAGUGACUAAAACCAAUCUUGCGUGA